AUGGAGGCUUUACUUCACACAUGUUUACUCUUGGUUCUCCUUUUCAUGUCUGUGGCCUCAUCUACUGUUUUGCCUUGUAGUUUACGAAAAAGGUUUCAACUUAAUGAAAUGCACAAGUCAGGUGAUGUGGUUCUGGGUGGUCUGUUUGAGGUCCACUACACUUCUCUAUUUCCUGAGAUCACAUAUACCUCAGAGCCAGAACAACCAACCUGUGAAGGUUUUGAUACUCUAGGUUUUAGGGAUGCCAUGACCAUGGCCUUUGCUAUUGAAGAAAUCAACAAGAACCCCAAUCUGCUGCCAAAUGUGACCCUGGGAUACAGUCUUUAUGAUAACUGUGGUGCACUUGUUAUUGGAUUCAGUGGUGCCUUAUCCCUGGCCAGUGGCCGUGAAGAGUGGUUUUCACUUCAGAACUGUUCAGGGACUCCUCCAAUCCUUGGGAUUGUUGGUGAUUCCUAUUCAACAUUUUCAAUAGCUAUUGCCAAUGUGCUAGGUUUAUUCAAAAUAUCAAUGGUGAGUUACUUUGCCACAUGUUCAUGUUUGAGCGAUCGUCAGCAAUUUCCAUCCUUUUUCAGAACAAUCCCAAGUGAUGCAUUCCAGGUGAACACGGUGAUUCAAAUUCUUAAACACUUUAACUGGACGUGGGUUGGUCUUCUGGUUACCAACGAUGAUUACGGAUUCUAUGUUGCCCAGUCUUUUCAGUCGGAGCUGUUGCAGAAUGGUGGAGCUUGCCUGGCAUAUGUAGAGGUUUUGCCCUGGGAUAGCAAACCAGGUGAACAGAAGAGAAUUGUAAAUUUGAUAAAGACGUCAACAGCUCGUGUUGUCAUUGUGUUUGCCCAUGAGAUUCACACAGUUAGGCUGAUAGAAGAGGUAGUAGAACAAAAUGUCACAGGCCGACAAUGGAUUGCAAGUGAAGCUUGGGCAUCAGCAGCUGUACUUCAAACACCCCGCUUCAUCCCUUACCUCGGUGGGACACUGGGUAUCGCCAUCCGCCGAGGGGAAAUAUCGGGGUUCAGAGACUUCCUCUUACAAAUACAACUUGAUAAAAAUCACAACUACGAAACCAAUCUGGUGACACAGUUCUGGGAGCACACAUUUCAGUGUAAAUUUAAUCCGGCAGAUUUGGAAGGAGAUAAGAAAGCUGUAUGCACUGGUGAUGAAGAUAUCGAACAGGUUGAGACUGAGCUUUUGGAUGACUCUAACCUCAGACCUGAGUACAAUGUUUACAAAGCUGUGUAUGCUUUGGCUUAUGCUCUCGAUGAGAUGCUGCAGUGUGAGCCAGGAAAAGGACCAUUUGUUGAACAGACCUGUGCUACUCUGCAAAGUCUGGAACCAUGGCAGCUUUUGCACUAUUUACAGAAAGUCAGUUUCACCACACCAUUUGGUGAUCAAGUGUCAUUUGAUGAAAAUGGUGAUGCCCUGCCUAUAUAUGAUGUUAUGAACUGGGUCUGGCUCCCUGAUGGAGGAACCAAAAUUCAGAAUGUGGGUGAAGUAAAGAAGUCUGCCUUCAGAGGGGAAGAACUCAUUCUCUAUGAAGACAAAAUUUUCUGGAACUUUGAGUCAAAACAGCCACCUCAGUCAGUAUGCAGUGAAAACUGUCCUCCAGGUACACGAAUGGGAAGAAAAAAGGGGCAUCCAGUUUGCUGCUUUGACUGUAUUCCCUGCUCUGACGGAAAGAUCAGCAAUUCAUCUAAUGCCAGGGAGUGCAUCAGUUGUCCAGAGGAUUUCUGGUCCAGCCUCCAGCGUGAUCACUGUCUUCCUAAAGAAACAGAGUUCCUCUCCUACCAUGAACCUCUAGGGAUUUGUUUAACAACCACCUCACUGCUGGGCACAUUAAUCUGUACUGUCGUUCUGGGGAUCUUCAUUUAUCACCGCAGAACACCUAUAAUUCGAGCCAACAAUUCAGAACUGAGCUUCCUGCUGCUAGUGUCACUUAAACUAUGCUUCCUAUGUUCUCUGCUGUUCAUUGGACAACCCCAGUUGUGGACGUGUCAGCUGAGACACGCAGCAUUUGGGAUCAGCUUUGUGCUUUGUGUCUCAUGCAUCCUGGUGAAAACUAUGGUGGUUCUGGCUGUUUUCAAAGCCUCCAAACCAGGAGGUGGUGCAAGUAUCAAGUGGUUUGGUCCAACACAGCAAAGAGGAACCGUUUUCACUCUAACUUGCAUUCAAACAGCAGUCUGCACUGUGUGGAUUGUGUCUGCUUCACCGAUGCCACAUAAAAACACACAAUACUACAAUGACAAAAUAGUUUAUGAAUGUGAAAUUGGUUCAGCCUUUGGAUUCUCAGUUCUAUUUAGCUAUAUUGGCUUACUGUCUUUCAUCAGCUUAAUGUUAGCAUUUUUAGCACGGAAACUUCCGGAUAACUUUAAUGAGGCCAAAUUCAUCACUUUCAGCAUGCUUAUCUUCUGUGCUGUGUGGGUGGCCUUUGUUCCUGCCUAUAUCAACUCUCCAGGAAAAUAUGCAGAUGCAGUGGAGGUGUUUGCUAUCCUGGCCUCCAGCUUUGGCCUUUUGGCAGCGCUGUUUGGGCCUAAAUGUUACAUAAUUCUGCUCAAACCAGAGAGAAAUACAAGGAAAGCUAUAAUGGGUCAUGAAACCACCAAGUCUUAA